AUGGCGACCACGAAUCCAGUUCUUUCCGAGUCCUCAGAUGAGUUCUCUGAAGAAGAAGAUCCCGCAAUGACCAUUUUGAAUCAAGAAAUUGCCCGUAAAAUUGCCGAGGAAAAGCAAAAAGCCGAGGCUAGAAUCAAAAGAGCGAAGAAAAAUGCGAACAUCUGGGCAGAUUGUAACCCGAAUAAGACGAAGCUGAACUUGAUUCCAAAGCGAUUCGAACAUGAUGGAACUUUAUGCAGAGACAGCCGGGCGCACAUCAUGGAAACUGUAAUGGUCGCAGUGAAAUCUGAACCUGAGCCACAGCCGGAGACGGUCACACUAGAAACAACCCUCGAUUGCGAAGACGGGAAAUACAGUGGCAUCGGAGACCUCAAAAGACUGUCAGAAAUGCUGAGAAACAAGUUGUUCUACGUAGAAGCCGACUACCACUAUUUCCGCAAGAGCCGCGAUUUUCCACUUCUCAAAGUGAAGACUCAACUCUUGCUUGAUCACCCAGAAGUUUUCCCUGAAGGGUACAAGCCAAGAAGACAAAAACGAUCCCCUCGAGGAAGGCGCGGCGGAAAGCUGGAAAAACAACGAGCAAAAAGACUGAAGUACGGUGAUUUCAGCGAAGCCAUUUCCCGAUCUUCACAAACUCAAAGAAAGAGACCUCUCGAAAGAAAGAAGCCAGACAUGGUGGUGAUGAAAAAAGAAUGGAUGCCGGAGAUCGACGAUCCGAAGCUGAAAUUCAUCGCUUCUCGAGCAAGACUAGUCACUUUGCUGAGAAAGCAGCGGUUCAAGACUAAAGAUGGCUACCACUUGUUCGACGCUUCGGGAGUCUUUCCAAAGUUGAGGAUAAAAUCAUCCCUCAUUCCAGCAGAUUUCUUCCAGCCUUGUUCGAAUACCGAUUUCAUAGGCCCCAUAAAAGACGAGAAAAAGCCUGUGUCGACCAAACGAACCUCCUUAGAAUCAGCAACUGGAAGCUCUGGUACAUCAGCAAUGGCAAUACCCGAUGAAGAAAAGUAUGAACUGGAAAGAUACCGAAAACUGGGAAUAAAGCUCGACAUCAAGAAGGAAAACGGGAAAACUAUCAUUGAUUAUUCAUAG